UUCACGCCUCUCACUCUUCUAUAUGGAAUUAAUUCCCAAAGCAGAACCUUGCCUACAUACAUUUAUUUUCUGAGUGGGAGUAAACACAGUUAUUAUAUAAAUAUGUUUCGUGUUCGUAAACAUUUCCAGUCUCGCAAGAACCCGCAGAUAGUGCAAAUACUUUUCAUAUUAGGUUAAAACAAAGCGGCAAUUACGUAUGGUAUUUGCCAGCAAGAUGCUCCUUCAUUUCGUUUUCUCUUUGUGUUUCCUCCAUUCCAUCCACUCCCUGGAAUUUGCUCAGUUGAAGAAUGCACACAGAUUACACAAACUAGGGAAUUCCCAAAUUGAAUAUGUCUCCAAGCUCUCUGAUGUUGGGCAUAUGGAAGAUGUUUUGGACAAUAUUCUGAUAGAGAGAGUUGUGGGAACACCUAAUCAUGAUAAAGUGCAUGAUUACAUUGUGAAUGAAUUAAAGAAAUUGGAGUACGAUGUGGAAGUUGAUACAUUCCAUGAGCGGACCCCAACCAUGGGACAUCUGAAAUUCAGAAAUAUCAUUGGAACGCUCAACCCAAGGGCAGAGAGAUUUUUAACCUUAGCAUGUCAUUAUGACAGUAAAUACUUUAAGAAUGAUGUGUUUCUCGGUGCUACUGAUUCUGCAGUCCCUUGUGCCAUGAUGCUGAAUCUGGCUAAGGUGCUUAAAAAUGAUUUGCAGAAGGUCAUGGGCAACGAGGUGACCUUACAGCUGUUGUUCCUUGAUGGUGAAGAGGCUUUCCUCCGGUGGGGCCCCACUGACUCACUGUAUGGGGCAAGGCAUUUGGCUGACGCUUGGCACAGAUCUGUGUCUUCCACAAAGAGUGGUUUAGAUGUUAACAAACUGCAACGCAUGGACGCGUUCGUCUUAUUAGAUUUAAUUGGUACUCCUGAUCCAACGUUCUUCAGCUACUUCCCAAAGACUGAAAGAUUAUUUGUGGCUUUGGCGGACGCUGAAGAUAAGCUUAUGAACAUGGGUCAAUUGAAGAAGUACUCGAAGAACGCGCAACAGAAAUAUUUUAAGCGAAGGUCGUCCCCUUCCUUCGUUGAGGAUGAUCAUGUGCCGUUCAUGAUCAGAGGUGUCCCCAUUCUGCAUUUGAUCCCCAAGGAGUUCCCGAAGGAGUGGCACACGCCGGCCGAUAACAGAGAUGCAGUAGACAUGACCACUGUUGAGAAUUUAAACAAAAUACUCAGAGUGUUUGUUUGCGAAUACCUACAUGUACCACUUGAUAUUGAAACGGAUGGGAUCGAAAAAUCGUCGAAUCAACACAUUCCACGCAACGAACUGUGACCGGCAUUAAAUGCUGAUUUGUACAUUGAAAGAAUAGAACAAAUAAAGGACAUUGAUAUUUGAGUCGUUGUAAAAAUAAA